UAUAUAAAGAGUGGUGACACCGAGAUUUGCUUAGUCUGUGACCGCGGCCCCGUGCAGUCGGUUGCCAUUUAACCUCGUCUCAAAUACACAUAUCACAAUGCGGGCAAUAUCUAUUGCCUUAGUGUUUGCGGCGCUAUCCGCUUGCCAAGCCGCAACGCCGGAACUGCGUUUUGAAUGGAAAGUAGUCGACUACGUUUGGGAAUCCCCAGCUCAAAGAGAAAAGGCUAUAACUGAGAAACAAUUUUUACCCGCAAACAACUUACCUUUAGGAUUAGGUCGCUGGAAAAACAAAUUAUUUAUCACAGUCCCUAGAUGGAAAAGCGGUGUGGCUUCAUCCCUGAAUUAUGUCGAUUUAGACGGACCGUCGGACCAACCAUUGAAAGCAUAUCCGUCAUUGAAAGAUAACCUGGUACCGGACAGAGCAACAGAAUUGCCAUCGAAUAGUUCCAUUAUUUCCGUCUUCAGAGUCUAUGUUGAUCCUUGUGACAGACUCUGGGUCAUGGACUCUGGUUUGGCGGAUAUUUAUGGAAUAGGGAACCAGGUUGCAGGUCCUUCUUUGGUUAUUUUUGACUUGAACACUGACCAACUUCUUCAUAGAUAUUUUUUCAAAGUUAAAGACAUGAAGGAAGACUCAUUCUUUGCUAAUGUCGUGGUGGAUGUAGACAAAAACAGCUGUGACAACGCGUUUGCGUACGUACCUGAUUUGGGAGGCUACGGUGUUGUUGUGUACAGCUUGAAACAAGACGACUCGUGGCGUGUGGCCCAUCACUACUUCCACUUCGAGCCGCUAGCUGGCUCUUACAAAGUUGGAGGCAUCGAGUUCCACUGGACAGACGGCGUCUUCGGUCUAGCGCUGUCCGAACCUAGAGAGAAUGGAUAUCGCACCAUGUUCUUCCAUGCCUUCUCCAGUACCAAGGAGUUUUGUGUAUCAACUGAGCUCCUGCGUAACUACACACAUAUCGACAAGUCAGAAGCGUUCAAUGAUUUUAAGUUAUUAGGUGACAGAGGGGAAAGGACUCAAGCGUCCGCCAGUUUCUACGAUGAGAAGAAUCGCGUUCUUUUCUACACUCAGGUCAAUCGCGAUGGCGUCGGUUGUUGGAACUCAAACAAACCGUACACACCAGAAAACAACCCACUGCUCUUCAGUGAUCCUGAACUCUUUGAGUUCCCUAACGACCUCAAGGUCGACGACGAAGGAACUUUGUGGGUUCUGAGUGACAAAUUGCCUCGUUUCCUUUACAAAUCACUUGAUGCAAACCAAGGAAACUACAGAAUAUUUAGCAUAAACACAUCUGAAGCUAUUAAAGGCACUGCAUGCGAAGCAUAAUAAUACAAGAAUUUUUUGUAAGGUGUAUUUAUAUCCACGGAUCCAAAAGUUACCGUCCAAUAUCACCAAGUUAACAACUUAAAUUAUGUCUAGGCUAGUUUGACAUUAGAGUUAAACAAAGUAGCAGUACUUUACGUUAACAUUUUUUUACACAUUAGUUUUUAAGUUGUUUUAUAGGAUUAAGACUUCUUGACAACAUCCAUAAUGAUUUAAGUAUCACGGUAUCUCUAUAUUUUCUAUGAGAAUGUCAGCGAUAAUAUGUAUACAUACAAGUGUUAGUUCAGUGGAGUUCUCGUGUAAAAUACACGAGUAUUCUUUACUACCAUCAAUGUAAUAUUCAUGUUGUGUUUGCACAUUGCUUUAACCAUGUUAAAUCUCGAUUAUAAUUCCAUUGGAUUAGGGAUUGAUUAAAGCAUUGUAAAGUAAUAUUAUUUGAAUACACAUGAACAAUAGGCCGCAUGCAAACGUGCAUUUAAUCUCUUAUCAAUCGUAUAUGUUACCUAAGAGUUUAUUGAACCAGUAGAUGCUUGUUUUCAAGAGAGAAGUAUGUUCUGUUCUGAACAUGGCACUUUUAAUGUUUCUUUUGAGUUAAACUGGACUAAAAAAAAGACAGUAAUGGAAACCAUCGGGUUAUGAAGUUUUACUGUUAUUAGAAUGAAAGAAAAGGUUUUGUACUUCAACAUAAAUUAUUUUAAUGUCAAUUAGAGGUCAACUCUGGGUUUAUGAUAUGAAAUGUAAAGAAAUAAAUGAAAAGAAUACAUUGACGCAUUUGUAGUUAUUAUCUACUUAUGUAAUUUGGUUUAUCGUUUAAGAUUUUAAUAAAAUAUUACAUAAUAAUAUUAAGAGUUUAAACAUCAGUUUUUUUAUAUAAACAUUAUUUAGUAAUAUAAAAUCAACUGUUAAAAUGUUUCGAUUUCGAUACAUUUUGUAAGACAAUUUAACGACACGAAUCAAUAAUAAAAUGAUGUGAUAUUAAUUUAAAAA